UUAGUACUAUGACACAUUCGCUGAUGACAUUGGAUAUCUCAGGAAACAAGAUGCAACAAUUACCCCUGGAGGCACUUCAGCGAUUGCACUCACUCACGCGACUCGUGGCGCAACGGAAUCACAUCACGACUUUGGAUGGCAAUUGGGAGGCCCAGCAAGACACACUUCGUUCGCUGCAUCUCGCGGACAACGACAUCACCGAGGUGUCACCGAAUGGCGGCGGAUCAUUGGAGCUCAUCUCCCCUAAUGAUAGCAGCUCACAUCCCUCGAGCUUGGCUGCGGUGCAGACCAGGCAGGAGGCAGGCAAUUCAGUGUAUCAGCCAUCUCCCAGCUCCGGAGAUCGUUCAGCCUUGGGUCAACCUUUUGAGAAGCUGCAGAAGCUGCUGUGGCUGGACCUGUCCAACAAUCGAAUCUAUCACGUCUCGGGCAACUAUCUGCCGCGAUCACUGGUGACGAUGGACUUGUCCAGCAACCUGCUGACCAUCUUCCCCCAGCAGCUCUUUGAGCAAUUGCCUGGUCUGAGGAUCGUGAGUCUGAGGGAUAAUCUCCUGAAGAGUGUGCAGUGGAAGGAGCUGCAAGUGCGGCCGUUACGCAUGCACUUGGAACGCCUAGAUCUGGGGCAGAACUGCAUUGAGAGCCUCGAGUCGGACUACUUUCAACAUAACUUUUCAGAUGUGCAUUUGAGGGCGCUCAACCUGGAGCAGAACUUUGUGACGCAGCUGCCGGCGGCGGUGUUCAAGACCACUGGGAUUGCCCACCUGGUGCUGGCCUUCAAUGCGAUUGGUCGAGUGCAUGCGGCUGCCUUCGAGGGCCUGACUGAUACCCUGGAAUACCUGGACUUGGAGCGGAACCGACUGACCACAGUGCCCGUGGCCAUAUCAUCGCUUCACCGCCUCAAAUACCUCUAUCUGACUUCCAAUGAGAUCAAUCAGCUAGUAAAUUUGCCAUCCUACACCGACAAUUUGCGAGUCCUCAGCCUGAGUGGCAACAACUUCAGCAUGAUCCCCAUUCUGGGGCUGAAAAACUACACACAGCUCUCCUAUCUGAACAUGGGCUACAACUCCAUCAUGGACAUACCCGAGGGCAUCUUUGCCGUCGAUUCGUGGGGCAGUAAUCUGCAGACAAUACUCCUGCGGAACAAUAAGAUCACGCAUCUGCACCUGGGAUCGUUUGCGGGUUUGGAUCAGAUACAGGAGAUUAGUUUGAGUUUCAACGACAUCACCAUCCAUCAUCCACUGGUAUUUGAGAAUGUCUCGAGAUCCCUGAAGAUACUGGAGCUCUCGUUUGCCGUCUUCCCGGCGAGAAGUCAGGAGAGUUUCGAUCCACUGGACGCUUUGCUGCCUCUGUCGCAGCUGAUUUGGCUGGGACUAGACAACAAUAAUCUGAAGAGUAUCUCGAACGAGUCCUUUGCGCAAAUGCGGGAGCUAAGCUACAUAAAUCUGAGCUUCAAUCAGCUGAAGGUCCUGAAACGAGGUCUCUUUAUGCCCGAUGUACACAGCCAUCUGGUGGAGAUAGACCUGUCCUACAAUGGCCUGGAGCACCUGGAGUCGCAGACCUUCCACAAUCUGGGCGAUCUGCAGACGCUAAAUCUGCAGUCGAAUCGUCUGAGGACGAUUGCGCGACACGCAUUCCACAACCUGGAGUUCCUACGCUACAUAGAUCUGUCCCACAAUCGGCUGGUCAACGUAUCCCAUGCGGCCUUCACAGUCCUGCCGAAUCUGGCCGCCCUGGAUUUGAUGCACAAUCAGCUGUGUUCCUUGUCGCUGAAGUCCUUCCACUACGUGUCAAAUGCGACGACUCCGCUACGCCUCAAUGUCAGCCACAAUCACAUCUCCAGCUUCGACGAUGAACUGAGCAGCUACAUGUACAUCUACCAGCUGGACAUCAGCCACAAUCACGUGUCCAAGUCGGAUAGCUUCAUGAACCUGGCCAACACCCUGAGACUCCUCAACCUCGCCCACAACUCGUUGGGCGCGCUGCAGAGUCAUGCUUUUGGUGACCUCGAAUUCCUGGAGAUUCUUAAUCUCUCCAACAAUAACCUCACCUCCCUGAGGCGUCGCAGCUUUCAGGGUCUGAACAGCCUGCAGGACCUAGACUUGAGUCACAACCAACUGGACCAACUGCAGGUGGAGCAGUUCUCCAAUCUGAGAAAGCUGCGGAUUCUGAAAAUCGGCUCCAACCGUCUGAGAGCUCUACCCCGCGAGGUAUUCAUGAACACACGCCUGGAGUUCCUCGAUAUAGGCGACAAUCAGUUGAGUGUGUGGCCCGUGCCGGCCUUCACGGACAUUGGCUUCACCCUCAGGUCCAUACAGAUGUCACGCAACAAUCUGGAGUACCUGGAUGCCUCGAUGUUCAUAAAUUCGCAGUUCCUGUAUGACAUCAGUCUGGCCCGGAAUCGCAUCACCAUCCUGCCGGACAACACCUUCAGCUUCCUGAACAAUCUCACCAAUCUGGAUCUAUCGCAAAACCCCCUGGUCACGACCAAUCUGCGCGAGGUGUUUGUUCACACGCCGCGCCUUCGAAAGCUAAGCCUGCAUCACAUGGGGCUGUAUGUGCUGCCGCCGCUGAAGCUGCCGCUGCUCUCGUACCUGGACGUGAGUGGCAACUACUUGCAGGAACUGUUGCCGCUGGGCUCGAUGCGGCACCUGAGGCACGUCAAUGUGUCCCAAAAUAAACUCAUCAAUGCCAGUUGUGCCGUAGAGCAUCUACCGCCCUCGGUGAGGGUGCUCGACCUCGCCCAAAAUCCUCUGCGACGCAUUACGCUGCACGAUCUGGUCAGCCUGAGGCAUCUGGCCGAGCUGAACAUCCUCGACGUGAAGGUGUCCAAUCCACAGGCCUUCUCUAAGCUGCGCUCGCUUCGGAAACUCCAUGCCAGCUCCCAUGCGAAUCUGGGCGAGAUUGUGGCCAGAAUUCCAGGACUCCAGCAGCUGAGAGUGCACUGCCUGGAGCCCAACAUUGGGGCUCAGUUCUUCGCCAAAUUGGCCAACAACACGAAACUGCGGCUCGUCGAGCUGUACGGCAUCAAUGUCCAGACCAUAUCGCCCGAAGUCUUCACGGGCCUCGCCCGCAAUCAACAACUGCAAGUGAAGAUAUCCCACACACGCAUCUCCGACCUACCACCGGGAAUUUUUUACACGCUGCGCGAGGUGCCGCAUCUCUCCAUCGACAUAUCGCACAAUCGCAUCAAUGCUCUGGCCGCCGAUAGUUUCUAUCCGAACAAGAGCUACUGGGAUGCCGUGGGCACUCGCAGCAUCAUGGGCGGCCUCAUUACCUCGCACAAUCCGCUGGAAUGCGAAUGCGGAUUGGUCUGGUUCGGGCACUGGCUGCGACGAUGGUUGCGUGAAUCGGCCCAGAUCAAGGUCAUUCAGAAAGAUGACCUCAAGCGCAUGGUUCAGCGCGCCCGUUCCAACACGUGCCAUGACCCUACAUCGGGUCUUCAUCUGCCAAUCCUGGAGAUCUUUCCCGAGGAUCUGCUGUGCCAGGCGAGUGCUUUGAGUAGCUCCGGCCAGCGACUGUUUCUGCUAUCCUUCGCCAUGGCCCUUCUGCUGCCCAUCAUGACGACGAUGAUCCUUUGAUGUUGGCUUUAGUUGGCGGCCAAGUAAGUUGUGUGGUAGAAGUAACUGUAACUCUGAAGUAACUGAACUAACCAUUGAUUGUAUGAUAUGUAGAUAUUAAAUAUAUAUUCUAA